UAGUCGGGCUCGACUUCUACUUCCAUGUAAAUAAAAAUUCAAGAAUUACUUCCUCUUCCCUAUUUAUUCUGAUAUUAUUACUUUUCCGGUGCAUCUGCAUCUGCGAGAUGACUUCUACGGCACGGCCAAGUAGACCUCCUCCUCCAGUUCCAAAACCAGGCCACGUCAAAGUAGUGAGGGCCAUGUAUCGGUAUGACGCUCAACAGGUUGAUGAAUUGUCAUUUGAAGAGGGAGAUACUCUAUAUAUUCUUGAUAUGAGUAACACUGAUUGGUGGAAAGCAAAAUGUGGAAAGAAAACAGGACUUAUUCCCAGUAAUUAUGUGGACCAGAAUACAGAAGCUAUUGACUACCCUUUACAUGAGGCUGCCAGGCGAGGAAACAUCACUUUCAUGAGGGAAUGCAUAUCAAAUAAUGUAUCUGUAAAUGCUCUAGAUAAAGCUGGAUCCACACCUUUACAUUGGGCAGCACAUGGGGGACAUGUGGACUGCAUACAACUAUUACUGAGCUCAAAUUGUCAGGUCAAUGUUCAGAAUAAAUUAGGAGACACUCCAUUACAUUCAGCAGCCUGGAAGAACCAUGCUGAAGCAGUCAAACUGCUGAUUGGAAAAGGAGCAAGAGUGGAUAUUAAGAACAAUGAUAAUAGGUUGCCUGUGGAUUUGACCAAGGAUCCAGAAUGUGCAGCAUUGAUCAAACAAGCAGCUGCACCUAGGAACAGCUAUUCUAAUGAUUAUGGAGAUGACGAAGACUCAGACUAAUGGGAUCAAUACUGACCAACGGGAAAAUCAGUCAAGCGGGACAGUCCCUUCAUCAUUGUGUAAAAGUUGAGGUUGACCCUUAAAAUCCCAGCACUAAUUUUGAAACAAGUGCUAUCAGGUGGAUAACACAGAGGCAUUGUAUAUUUGUAGUGAGGUGUCCGCAAUUUCUUGUUAGCACAUUAUAUGUAUUUCAUUUAAGGUGACAGAUCUAAAAUGCACUCAGUGUAUGCAGUGUUAAGUCUUUUCCUUCCCACGUUCUCUUUUUUUUAAAAAAAUGUGUUUUACAUGUCCUUAUAUUUUUUUUUUUAUGGAAAGUAUGCAACAUUAAGUAUUACAGAGUCUUCCACUUGUAUAAACAGGAAGUUUAAUGAAGUGAAUCUCAAAUUGCACUCUGUAGAACUACCUGGACUUCACACUGAAGAGAGCAACUUUGUUUGGUACAUGUAUGUUACAUAAAAUUUAGAAAUGUGUCCAAAAUUGUUGUUCUCAGUUUGUCAUCUGUCAAUAUCAUGAAAUUAUUAAUUGUUUUUCUCAAUAUUUCAAUGUAUUUGUUUACAAAAUUCCUGUACACCUUAUAUUUAACAGCAAACAUUUUACAGGGAACAUGCAUGCAUGUAUAUGGGACACAUUAUGAAAGCAAAUCAUGAGUACAUUUUUUGAUAGGUAGAAGUUUUAAUGAAUUGAGAGAGAUAUUGAGCAGCUAACACACUUCCUGAUGUCUGUGAUUAACUUGUCAGUUUCCUUAAUUUUGAUGAUGAGUCAUAAUAGUAUUAACAUAUAUUUAUUUCCUGUGUAUCUUUACCAGAGAAUUUUCUCUCUAUUGCAAACAUUGAAAUUUGUAUAUAUGCGCUUAACAGCACAUAUAUUUACAUAUUAUAGAGUACCUGAAUUUUUUUUUUUUUUUGAGACCAAAUCAAAAAAAAAAAAAAAAAAAAUAUGUGGGACUUUUCAAGUUAAAAAUGGUCUUGUAAUGGUGCAAUAAAAUAUGAUAAUUGUUACCUGUAAUUUGUUCUUUGUUUUAAUUACUGGUAGUUAAUUGUUUUAGCACUCUAAUUUCAGGGAAUGAAAUUAAUUUUAGAUUUAAGUCUUUAUUUCUGACUUCAAUCUAUGCUUAAAAUAAAUGCAAAUUUUACUUAUGACCACUUGCUCAUUACAUAUUUACUUUGAUGCCCAAUUACAAAAAUGCCAACUUCUCUUGCUAAACACAGUGAAAGCCUAGUCUCUGUAAGAGAAGCGUCUGUGACAAACACUGUAGGGUCAUAAUUGUACAUUAACAUCCAUUUUUGUGCUUUUCAAACUAAAUUGUGUGUUUUGUGCAAGAAUCUUGAGCAGUGUAAUCCAGCUUUAACUCUCAAUUUGAUGAAAAUGACACAUAACAUUUUGUCACUAUUUUCAAUGGCUAAUUUUUCAGUUUUUGCUCUAGAGAACAUUCAUGCGGAGACCUGAACAAAUUUCCCAUCUAAGCCAUAUAUUUUUCUUUUCAGUAUACAUAUCUAAUGGGAAAAUGUGUUUGUUCAAAGCUGCUCUUCGUGUUUUCUGACAGAAAUACAAUAAAAAAAAUAAGCAUUUAAACUCAGUUUAAUUUAUUACAUGUAUCCAGAAAUUUUGUCAACUUUAAAAAUGCUGUGUUCUCCAAAUGACUGUAAAUAUCAGACAAUUUGUGUGAAACUGUAUUGGACAUGAUCACUUUAAUAAAAUAUAGAUCUAUA